AGUUCAGGUCAGUGUGCAAAUGUCAGCGGAAUUCCGGUAAUUAUCACAUCAUUCACGGCUAUGGUGGCUGCGGCAUCAGCUGGCCAUAUCUUCAACCAACCACAGGCCGAGCAUUACGCAAAUGCUGCUGAUAUCUACCAAUCAGCUGUAGAAUACCAACAGCCGGCUAUACAAGCCGGACAUUCAUUAUCCGCGCACGAUUUGGCCUACCAGAGACCAUCAGCUGAGAAAACGGCUAAGAUUUUGGCCUAUCAUUCGGAAAAUAAUGGUCAUAACUACCAUUACGCCUAUGAAACUGAGAACGGUAUCAAAGCUCAAGAAUCAGGUCAGGUCAGCAAAGGCACUCAAGCUGAAGGUGCUUACUCCUAUACCGGAGACGAUGGUCAAGUAUACACAGUGAAGUAUACCGCUGAUGAAAAUGGCUUCCGGGCUUAUGGUGCCCAUCUACCUACCUCGCCACCAAUCCCUGAAGCAAUCUUAAAAUCUUUGGAAGAAAAUUCGAAGGCCGAAGCCAAUGGCAUUUAUGAUGAUGGUCACUACCAUGAACAGCAUCAAACCGAAAGCUACCAUGAUGGUGGAGUUCAAAGUUACCAUGAUGGUGGCGUUCAAAGUUACCAUGAUGGUGGCGUUCAAAGUUACCAUGAUGGUGGCGUUCAAAGCUACCAUGAUGGUGGGGCUCAGUACCAUGAACAACAACUCCAAAACUACAACAAUGCUGCUCAUGCCGCAACUGACUCCAGCUAUCACCAUUAAUUAAUUGACUGUUGAUUUAUACCGUU